AUGGCUCUGGCGGCUCCUCCCCACGUAGUCUUGCGUGCUCUGGCACCGGUCCGCCGUGCACCCGUCCGCCGUGCACCGCCACCACCGGAGCGGCCAGGGCCUGGAGCCGCCGUCAGGAGCUGUGCCGUUGCCGUAGUGCUGGGCGCUGCAGCUGCAUCGCCGCGACGGCGGGCUGGAAGCACUGUCCGAAGAGCAGUCCUUCUCGACUCUGUCGCAGACGCGGCAUGCUUCGGAGGCACUGGCGCGAGCGACCCCAGGGAUUUGCCCCAGAAGGCAGAUCCCGAUGCGCCGCCGCGAGGCUCCCGGGCGCUGGAUGAGCUGCCAUAUCUCAUUGGCAACGCGUUCGAGCGACGACUCGCCGUCACCUCCCGGGUGACUGGAGAGUACGAAGCCGCUCCAGCGCGCCUUUGGGCCGCCCUCUCUGGCGCAGAAGGAGGCUUGCAGCAAUCGUGGACGGCAUUGCAGCUGACAGAAUGCUAUGGCAUCCCUUGGCCUCUGCAGCUACAGGAAGUCUCAGGCCAGUUGGAGGCCGGCUCCGAUAUCUCCGGCAUCGUGGGGGCCUUCGGCCAGGAGCUGCGCCGCUUCCGCUGGAAGGUCCUGAAAGCCGAGUUCGUUGAGGCUGCUGGCCACCUCGAGAUGUUGGGCAGUGUGGAGGAAGAGGACAACGCUUUCUUGCACACCAUCCGCGUUACGGGCGCCACUGACAGCAGCGGAUCCAUGGUGGAGUCAGAGAUUCGUUACGCACCAUCACCUCCACUGCAGACGCUGCUAAACGCCCUGGGAGGGAGGGGCUCACAGACUGCCUCUCACGCCUCCACCCUGCGGAAGCUUGCUGUUCUGGUGGAUGGAGACGUGGAGUUUGAUUCCAAUCUCUUCUACAACCGAAUCGGUCGGCUCAUCGACCUUGUCGCCCCCUUCGAAGAUGGUGCUCGGGAGGCCGUUGCGCGGCUCGCUGGCCUCGACAAGGGCGAGGCCCGCGUCUUGGAGCUGGGAUGUGGCACCGGUCGCUGGGCGCAGGGCAUUUGCACCAGCCGCCCCUCGGGCGUCGCGCGUUACUUGGGGCUAGAUUCCUCGAGCACGAUGGCAGAGGAAGCUGCGCGGACCCUGGGCCCGGUUCCGAAUGCCAGCGUCGUCCAAGCCGAUGCCCGGCGGCCGGGAACGCUGAAGGAGGCCUGCGACACGAUGCUGGGCGGCCUGCCGGAUCGCAUAGUCGCAUCGUACAUCUUUGACAUUUUCGAUGAGAAGGAUCUGGGGAGAGUUUUGGCACAGUGCUCCGAGCUGCUCAAGGCCUCUGGUGGCCUGCUGGCUGUCACCAGCGUUUUUCCAGGGAGCGGGCUCAUGGAAGCCUGGGAGGCGAUAUGGCAGAAGGUGCCCACAGUGGUGGGUGGCUGCAGGCCGAAGGACCUCGCCGCGAAGCUGCGGAGCUUCGGCUGGGAAGUCGUGUCCACGGAGGUGACAGAUGUGCUGGGAUAUCGCUCGCAAGUGGUUCUUGCCAAGCCCCCUACAUCAUGA